AAAAAAACCCGCGUGCCCUGCAAAAUUUAGCUCCGCGGAUGAAUUGGCCCUAAGUGGCGUUCCUACGGCCUCGCAGCGGCAAGGAAUCUUUGCUGGGCCCCGCCAGGACUGCGGCGCACGACUGGCCGAGUUUCGCGGCGUCUCGCUAGACGGCUGUGACGUCGAGAGCCCUCCUUGAAAAACACCGGCAGCUGGCAGGGAAACGGGCGCCCGCGGUCGAAUUGAAGGGCCGCCAUGGACUCCUCGUACGGCGCGCCCGCCGCGGCCGACGACCAGGGCCAUCUUCAUGCCUUACUCAAGCUGUCCAACGAGGACGCCCCGCCGCCGCCUCCUGCGCGAGGAGAGCACCCCGCGCUAAGCAUGAUGCGCCGGUCGCCGCCGACGACGCCGCCGCAAGUGCGCAAGUCGCUCCAGGAGGCGACGCCGAGUCCGCCGCGCGUGCCGCGCGUGCGGCCCGGUUCGACGGGAUCCACGACCGCGUCGUCCAUAAGCGACUCCGUCAACAGCGUCAGUGUCAGCACCCCCUCGAUAGCCGAGCGCUCCAUGCGCAAGAUGAUUUCCAAUCUGGGCCCGCCGCGCUCCAUACAUAUGGAAGACGAGGACCCCACGAAACCCGUCAAGUGGCGCUCGUUGCGGUCUCGAGGCGCCAAGCUCUACGCCUGGGCCACCGCCGCUCGAUUGAGCGCCGAAGGGCGGGGCGCGGGCGUCAACCUCGGCUUCGAUCCGGCCUCGCCAGUGCAAUCCAUAAAAAAGAUGGAGAAGGAGGCGUCCGAGACGUCGCUGGAGCUGAUGCGCAUUAAAGCUACUCGCAAGCAGCAGCUCGGCGAGAAGGCUAAAAGAGAAAGAGCUCUGGCCCUCGAGGCUACCACUAGAAUGUUGGAUUACCUCGCGGCCGGCGGCGGCGAGGCCCAGAUGGGCUCCCGCUUAAGCAUAGACGCUUUGCGGGAAAUCGGCGCGUCCGACGAGAUCUCGUCGGAAGAUCGGCGGCGGUCGCGGCAUCAUCGCAGAGGGUCGUCCGCGGGUUCGACCAUCAGCGACGCCGACUCCUACGGCGAGUCCUUCGCGUCGAACAGCUACUCCGAUCGCCAGGCGCACCCCCUGUUCACGCGGAGCGCCCAGAAGGCGCCGCGCGAUGCGGACUCGUCCGACGACGACGGGGCCGGCGGCGCCCUGGCGUCGCAUCUGGCGACGUUCAAAUUCCGACGAGCACUAGACGCGGCCGCGGGCAGCCACAAGGAGCAGCAGGACCUGAAGACGGUGCUCGGGAAUAGCAAAGCCCAGCCGCGACUGUCCGGUGCAGCUCAAAGAGCCGCGGCGGCCUUCGCCGCGCGAGGCGGCGGCCGGAAAGAGCCCAGGGCACCGCCCUGGAGCCCCUUCCAGGAGGAGCUCGCGCCGCAGAGCAUUGGUCUCGAGUUAUCCGACGACGAGGCCCCGAAGCGCGCCCACCGGCGGCAGCCGUCGCAGGAGGUGCCUAGGUUAGGCGCCGAGGCGCCGAGGAAGGCGCGCGUCGAAUUGUGGCCCGAGACGGAGGCCGUGUUGAGGCUGCACGCGGCGAUCGCGCGGGGCGACGCGCGGGCCGUGCGCGCCGCGGCCGUGGAAGGUGCGAGAGGCGGCCCCGUCGGGGCCUUUGCUACCAUGGCGCGAGCUUUGCAUGUCGCGGCCGCUAGGGACGGGGCCUUCGGCGCGCCGCGCGCCGGCGUGGUGGAGCUGCUCGUGUCUCUAGGAGCCGACGCCUGCGCGCCGGACGCCAUCGGGGCCACACCUUUACAUGUGGCGGCGGCCUGCGGCAACGCCUCGGCGCUGGCUGCUUUGUUACGCUCCGCGACAUGUGAUAAUGACGACGGCGACGGCGCGGCCGAGCAGGCCGCGGCGCGCCGGUGCCACGCCGGGCUCACUCCUCUCGAGGUGUCGCUGACGCGGCGCCGCGACGCGCGCGAGCUCUUCGCUUCCCUGUUGUGUCGCGCUAGAGCGUUUGACGUCGACUUUACCGAUGGCCCCCUCGGCAUCAAGCUGGCGUUAGUCAGGCACACGAUACCUCGCUCGGCGCCUGCUGGUGGCCUAUUUGCGCCGGCGCCGCCGUCCACCCGACCGCCGCCGCCGCCGCCGCCGCCGCCCCUCUCUUCGCGGCGGCGCCGCCCGUCGUCGGAGGACGGCGAGCGGCCGCUCGUCGCCAUGGACAAGCCGCCGCGGCGCCACCGUCGGACGGCGUCGGACGGCGCCGCCCCGUGGCAGGACGACGCUUCUCGCAGAGCGGCGCGCCACGCGCGGCGGCUCCGCUCGUUGGCGCGGGAGCGCGGCGCCCCCGUGCCGCCGCCCAUCCCCGAGCUCCGGCGCAAGUCCAACGGCGAGGCGGCCGACGACUUCUGCGGUCCCAGAGCACCUCCGGCCCGGACCUUGUUGGUCUCCUCCGUGUCCGACUCCUCGCAAGCGAGAGGUUUGCUCGAGCCGGGCGACCAGCUCCUCGCGCUGAACGGUCUGGUGCUCGCGCCGCCGGACGAGGCGGGCUUCCAGGCGCUGAUGGGCCGCAUCAAGACGCUGAGCCGCCCCUUGCGGGCGACGUUCGUGGCGGGGUCGUUCCCCCACUUGUCGGUGGAGGACGACCCGUGCAUCGAUCUAUUGACGCGCUUCUCGCCGGCGCCGCGGCCCGAGAACCAGGACGACGAGCCGCGCUGAUCUCCUUUCCUCCCCUUGUGUGGUAGUUUGGUGUACUAACUCCUCU